CCGGAGCCUGGGUCUAGCUACAGCCAGGAAGAGGCGUUGCUGUCGCUGCCUUCUAGUCUCCGGCGCUUGACCCCUCCCAGGACCCGUGAUGCCAAGGCCCCAGCGGGGGACGAGGAAGAGUCCGGGUUGAGCCCCAGCUGAGUCGAGGGCUCGCGCUCUAGUCUCCCAGGCCCGCCCUACCUAAAGGUAAACGCUUCCUCAGCUGCGGCCUUUCUCCCAGCGAGCCCCUCCCCAGACCCGGCCGCGAAAACGAUUUGCCCCUCUCCCCGGUUACCCUUUUUAUUCCGGGCCAUUUACCGUUGCCCGCCCUCGCAGUUCUCCCCAGAACGAGAUGAGUGGUGGAUUGGCCCCAAGUAAAAGCACAGUGUAUGUAUCCAACUUGCCCUUUUCCCUAACCAACAAUGACUUAUACCGGAUAUUUUCCAAGUAUGGCAAAGUUGUAAAGGUUACUAUAAUGAAAGAUAAAGAUACCAGGAAGAGUAAAGGGGUUGCAUUUAUUUUAUUUUUGGAUAAAGACUCUGCACAAAACUGUACCAGGGCAAUAAACAACAAACAGUUAUUUGGUAGAGUGAUAAAAGCAAGCAUUGCUAUAGACAAUGGAAGAGCAGCCGAGUUCAUCCGAAGACGAAACUACUUUGAUAAAUCUAAGUGUUAUGAAUGUGGGGAAAGUGGACACUUAAGUUAUGCCUGUCCUAAAAAUAUGCUUGGAGAACGGGAACCUCCAAAGAAGAAAGAGAAAAAGAAAAAAAAGAAAAUUCCUGAACCAGAAGAAGAAAUUGAAGAAGUGGAAGAAAGUGAAGAUGAAGGGGAAGAUCCUGCUCUUGACAGUCUUAGUCAGGCCAUAGCUUUCCAGCAAGCCAAAAUUGAAGAAGAACAGAAAAAAUGGAAACCCAGUUCAGGGGGUCCCUCAACAUCAGAUGAUUCAAGACGCCCAAGGAUAAAGAAAAGCACGUAUUUCAGUGAUGAGGAAGAACUGAGUGAUUAAAAUUUUAUUUAUUAUGUAAAUAUCAUUAAAAUUUUUUUUAAAUCUUGGGGUACCAAGUUCAGUUGGGAUUAAAGAUUACUUUUAGAAUUUGUGCAUAAAGAACACUUAGUACCAAAUAAUUUUUUACUAUAAAGUAGGUUCAUAGGAAAUUGAAAAUAAUUUUAAAGUAUCAUGUUUCUAUCUUGCCUUAGCAGAGUAAUAAAAAUCAAGAUUUGCUAGUAACCAUUAAUCUUGAAAACAGUUCAUUUGAAUUAAAAAGAAAUCUUAAUACUAUCAUAGUAUUGCUGUUGUCAUCCCAAGAAAAAAGGCCGGUAUUAAAACGAUAUGUUUGAGAAGCUCAUUAUAAAAGUUGAUUCAUGUCUGAUUGGUUUACAUGAAGACAUUUGAAGUAAAUUUCAUCUUUAAGACAAAAACUUUGUGAAGACUAUGGAAAAUGCUGACUGGUUUAUUGUUAUUAAGUGUUAAUAAAAUUUUCAAG